AUGUCAGUGCCACAAGACUCUGCCUCUGAGAAGCUCAACGCCAAUUCGGUUCUGCUCUCGAAUGCUGCAGCCGAACCGACCAAUUCCGAUUUGUCAGCCGAUUCUCGACCUAAGAUCAGAAUACUCGAAUCAGUUGACGAGACAACGUCUCUAAGCACCUUGGGACGUCUGGCAGAUCAUCAACUUAAAGAAAUGACGUACUAUUGCUCUUAUGCUAUGAUCGUUCACAGUCAUAACGAGAGAAUUCGAAAUGACAGCUUGGCGAGCAGGGAGGAGUUCGACUUCCUGAGAACCAUGACGGCCGCCAUGUACGAUUGGAAGAAGAGGAAGGACGAGCGUUCUGCUCAAAUAGAAAGUGCAGUGCAACGAGUUGAAGUAGACGAGGAUGACAUAUAG